CCUUUGGUAUUUAAUAAAAGAAAUAUAUAUACAAAAACUUUCUGUGUUUUAUAGUUUGUCUAGUUUGGAGGAAAAGAAGCAGAAUGAAGGGGGAUGUCGCCAUGUUAUUUCCCCCCUAAGAUUCCUAGAAGAGAUAAGGAGUGACACAAGGAUCUUAUUCUCUUCCUGCAGGGAUGAGCAUCUGUUUCACCUCACCCCCUGCUGUUUCCUCUCUGUGUGGAGAUGACUUUAAAAAGUCAGUUUUUUUCUCCAGCCAAAUUUCAGUGUCAUAUCCUGUACAACGGUGCACAUGUAAUGAAAUGAGGAUUAAAUAAUUACUUUAAGAAAUUUUUGAGGUUACACUUAGUCCACAGCAUUUGUGGCAUAAUGUUGAUUACAACAAAAAUUACUUAGAUUUGUGCCCCCUUUUUCUUAAAGUAAGAAGGAGCAAAAAUUAAUAAAAUAAUAAUGUUUUGGUGAUGCUUUUAUGAUAGAAGUAAAAUGUCCAACGGCCAAUUUCUGGAUGAUUUAAAAUAAAAAAAUGUGAAUCUUAUAAUUCCAUAAAAGCACAUAAAAAUUGUGCAUUGUUUAAAGAGCUGUUCAAGUUGAGCUCAAGUUUUGUGGUAUAUGAUAUAUAUAAUAUUACAAAUUGGCCCCCACUGAAACCCAGAUUUUUGCUUUAAAAAAAUGUAAUAUCAAAGCUUUGACAGAUCUGAUGUAGUGUGUGCUGGUCUGGUCCUUCCUGUACUUUGAUGUUGGACACAAUUAGACGAAGUCACGGAAUUAUUGCUCACACAGCAUGUAGUCUGAUCACGAAAUCUCUCUCUCCUUAUCUGUACUUCUAGUUUUAAUGAAUUACCGCAAGCACCAACAUCUCCUUUCUACACUACUCUCUCCGCUAGCUGUUUUGAAGCCAAGGUGUAUAUUAUUACACACAAUGUUGUGUGUAGUGUGUAAUAUGCUACCCCUGACCUCGUUUCGUGCUUAAAUUAUAACAGCGAAUGUACACCGUCACUGCAACAACUGUAAGUGCCUUUCAAGACCAAGCAUGAACUUGAUAUUUUUACCACUAAUAUUUAAGCAGUGGUCAGUAUUAUAGCUCACUCAGCAUGCACGCUGCUGAUAGAAAUCUCUGUUUCUUUUAGUUUUAAUGAAUUACACUUAUAGUGUAAAGUGUACACUUAAAGUUAUUUUGGUGUCAAGGAGUAUUUUAUUUCAUAUAAAGUUAUAUUGGGUAACCCUGACCUCAUUUUGUGCUUAAAUUAUAACAGCGAGUACUGUAUAACAGCAUGUUGUAACUGUAACAACUGUACAUGCCAUUGAAGACCGAGGACGUCUACUAGUUCAGGUUUUUUUUAUUUUCAUUGAAUUAAUCUUCAUCAUAAAUCAUGUAAUUUUUAUUGUAGGGAUUUGUUACUAUAGUAAAGACGUGAUAAUGUAAUAGACGGAAGGACGGAUAGAUAGAUAGAUAUUUUUAUGAAUGGUAGGGGAGGUGCUUGUAUCUGGUAGAGAGCUGUAAAGAUGCGCUCCUCUCACUGCCUCUGUCGGUCUCUGCAGACACACACAUACCGGUGCUGUUCAUCAUGAAUGCUAUUCAUAAUCGAUGAUAAUUCAUCGUGCACGGCUCGUUUAUUUCGUGCAUUUUUUUUUUAUUUACCUUUUAUGAUGUUUCAGGGCGUGCAUUUGAAUCGCUGCAUGGUCGCGGGCGCAGUGCAGUUGCGAUUAUUUUUAUUGUUAUGUUGUUGUUGUUUUCAUCUCUCUUUAAGAUGCGCUGCACAUGGCGAGGACAUACAUACGGAUAAACCUUGGCAUAGAGACUCAUCUCGCAUCCAUGACAACCCGGAGCACUUUAUCACUUAUCCACAGUGGAUCAGCCCAGCCAGACACAAAAGAUCUCAUAAGGGCUCUGAGCAUCCAUCUGAGGCAGAGGUCAAAAUUACUGUGGGAGGACAAGAUCUGAUUCUACAGCUCCAGAGAAAUGAGGAGCUGUUCUCCUCUGAAUAUCAGGAAAUAUGGUACAAUCCGAAUGGAGACCGUCAGUUUUCCAGGCCUUCCAGCAGGGAACACUGUUAUUAUCAUGGGUCAGUCAAAGGGAUCCAGGGGUCAAGUCUGGUCAUUAGCACCUGUGCUGGACUCAGGGGCAUGAUAACAGUCAAUAACAGCGUGAGCUACAUGAUCGAACCGCUAGCUAACCAAACACACUCUCAGGGACAUGUCGUUUUCAACGCUCAGAGUCUGAAACUGCCAGUGGGCACCUGCGGACACUACCAUGGAGACGAGAAUCACUCGGAAAGCCUUCAAGAGCUGAUUGAUGUCAUGGCAAAGCCUCAGCAGACCAAUAGGGGAAGAAGAGAUGUCAGCAGCAGCAUGAAAUACGUGGAGCUGAUGGUGGUGGCCGACCAUGCAGAGUUCUUGAAGCACGGUCAGAACCUUGAAAGUACCAAAAUGAAGCUGCUUGAAGCAGCUAACUUUGUGGAUAAGUAUUACAAAUCCUAUAACAUCCGUGUGGCUCUGAUCCGGUUGGAGAUCUGGAACGAUCAAGACAAGAUCACUGUGACCGACAACCCCUACAGUACCCUGAGUGCAUUUCUGACCUGGAGGAGGAAACAACUGCCACAGCUGCCCAAUGACAACGCUCAGCUAGUAACGGGGGUUUCUUUUCAGGGCACCAUCAUUGGUCUGGCUCCCCUUAAAGCCAUGUGUUCUGAAUACCAGUCCGGUGGAGUCAAUUCGGACCACUCUGGAAGUGCUGUGGGGGUCGCUGCCACCAUGGCUCAUGAGAUGGGGCAUAACUUUGGUAUGAACCACGAUAGUCCAGGCUGCUGUCUCACUCAGCCUGAUGAUGGAGGCUGCAUUAUGGCUGCUGCCACAGGGGAUCCGUUCCCUCGCGUCUUCAACCCCUGCAAUCAGAAAGAGCUGGAGCACUACCUUAGCUCCGGCGGGGGGAAGUGCUUGUUCAACCCUCCCAACACCAGUGUCAUGUACGGGGGCCAGCGCUGUGGAAACGGAUACCUGGAGGAAGGAGAAGAUUGUGAUUGUGGGGAAGUGGAGGAGUGCUCAAGUCCCUGCUGUAAUGCCAACAACUGCACGCUGAAGAUUGGAGCGGAGUGCGCACAUGGAGUUUGCUGUCAUGAGUGCAAGCUGAAGAGUCCAGGAGUGAUGUGCCGUCCACCUUCAGGCUCCUGUGACCUGCCUGAGUACUGCGAUGGGAAAUCAGAGUCCUGUCCUGCUAACUUCUACCUGGUGGAUGGCAGCAGUUGUGCGGGUGGCAGUGCCUACUGUUACACAGGAAUUUGCUUGACGCUGGAGCAGCAGUGCCUGUCUCUCUGGGGCAAAGAUGCCCGUCCUGCUCCUGAUCUUUGCUUUACUGAGGUAAAUAAAGCAGGCGAUCUCUUUGGAAACUGUGGCAGUUUCAUGGGUACAUACAGGAAAUGCACUGAAAGGGAUGCUAAAUGUGGGAAGAUUCAGUGUCUGAGCGCUGCCAGCAAGCCUUUAGAAUCCACCGCCGUCGCCAUAGACACCAACGUCCAGGAUGGUCAACAGAAGAUCCUGUGCAGAGGGACACAUGUGUACCAGCGGGGUCAGGGUAAUGAGGAGCAGAGUGACACCCUAGACCCAGGCCUGGUUCAGACUGGGACCAAAUGUGGGGAGAAUGCGAUCUGUUUUGAAGGGGAAUGCCGCAGUGCGUCCUUUCUGCAAGCCGAUGAAUGUAGUGCAAAAUGUCAUGGCCACGGCCUUUGUAAUAAUAACCACAACUGUCAUUGUAACUCCGGUUGGGCACCACCGUUUUGUGAGACGUCAGGUCCAGGAGGAAGUUUGGACAGUGGGCCUUUGAUCACACACAGCAACCUUUAUCUUGUUCUGGUUUUUCUGGUUCUGUUUUUCCUUCUGGGAUUGGCUGUCCUUGGUGUCUGUUGGUGCUGCAAACAGAAGCUCCUUUCCACCAAAAGCCCCACCCUUCCUACUACCCAAAUAUGCAUCAAUGUUCCAGACACCCCUGAGACUAAAAGUCACACCACGGGUCACGCCAACCCAGUGUUCCUGCCAAAGAAAUCUCAUGCUGAAGAACAGGCCAGUCCUCGAGCGAGUCCUACAGGUCCACCCAGAUCCAAACAUUCUGUCAUUCGACCCGCUGUGAAACCACCUCCAAUCCCAGCCUACGCUCCACACAAGCAGAGUUUACAGCAUUCAGACUUGCCUCAGCCGUCUCCAUCAGCACCUCCCAAAACAAGACCGCUACCGCCCAGGAGACCCCCUCCUCCCUGUCCCAUAACCAAACCCUCCCAGCCUGCAGAGAUGCUGCCUAAGAAUGGUGUGCCAGCAUCACCAGCCAUUUUGCAGAAAGGGAAACCCAACCUGAUGCCCCCUUCUGUGCCUUUUCAAAAUGUCAGGUUCCAAAGGGAAGUUUCUGGAAAGAGCUGAGUCGCAGUGAAGCUCAUUGGAGCGCUAUAUUGAUCAACUCUGCAUCUUUAAGAUGUCCAUAAGAGUGACCAAUCAGACUGCCUCACUCAUAGUGAUCCCCGCCUUAUUGACUUGAACACAGACUGAAGGAUACCUUCCAACUUUUUUCAGGGGGUGCAGUUCCACUACUCCUGUGCCAUAUGUUGCAUUUGCUUUUUUAUGUCUAUUUAUUACAGAGACCUCAGAGAAAUUAAAAACAAAAAAAUAUGAAGUAUGGCAUUAUAAUCUAAUAAGAGCAUGGGUCAUCUAAAAGAAUAUCUUGCACCGAGAAUAUGAAAUGUCAAUUUUUGCACGCAGUAGUAAUACAUUGUAAGUACAUUAUAUACAUAGAAUGAACUGGAAAAUGGGAGCAGAUUUCUGUACUCAGGAAACAGCUCUGGAAAGGGAUAUAUAUAUAUAAGUUAAAAGAUUGUUUUCAUAGCAAUAAUAAUUCAAAAACUCAUAUGAAUUGUAUGGCAUUGUGUUAAAUUCUGUGUAGUCGUAUAAUAUGUACUUUAUAAGAAGUUUAAAAAAUAACCUGUCUUGAAGGGUGUUUGCAAUGAUGCUGGACAAGAAAGGGUUAAAUUACAUAUGGUGCUUUGUUUUUGAAAUCUUAAAUGAGAGAAAUUCUCUAACAACCCUUUUAGAUAACUCUUGAUUAAAUGUUCUGUUUAAUAUGGCAUUAACCCAGGGAUUUAGGUUUAAAUAACCUAUAAAUGUGUAAAUAUGUAUCUUAAGUUUUUUUUUUUCUUUGGUUGUCAGUCAUUUGGAGGGAAAAAAUCUCUGGACAAUGCAUUUUAAUUUCUCCUUUCAUAAUGUUUUAUGACCUACUAUGACCAAUGUACUGGUUUUCUGUCAGAUUUUUCAUGUUGUAGUUAAACUUAUUUAUUCAUUCUGUUAAAUUUUUAAAUGCAAUGACGCCUUAAAUUUGGGUUUACAUGAAUGUUAUUUUAUUGAUAAUAAUGGUAAGUGUUUAUGUAUUUGGAUGUUAAGGUGGCUUGAUAUUGCACUGCAUAGGAAGUCAGAAAAAGUCACUGUCAUUUUUUAUUUGGCUUAAUUUUAGUUUUUAGUUUAGUUUUUUUUUGUUUUUAUUAAAAAUAAAAAAUGUUGACCUAUGCAAAAUGCAGUGCCUUCCACGUGACGCCAGAAAUAAAUUUUCAUUUUAUCUUUAA